AUGGCCCUACUCAUGAAUGCCGCAGAGCUCCUGUCGAGACUUCCCACUAUACCAUCUUCGAACUCCGAUCUAGAUGAACAUGAGGACCAUAAAGCGAUCCUGCAGGAUGCUCCGUCAAUGAAAGCCAAUCCGGAGGACGAGCUGAUUCUUCGUAAUGUUCCAUCCGUUCAAGCUGAGCCGAAUAAUGAGGACAAUGAAUUGUUCGUGGCCGAUGUUCCAUCCAGCCACGACGACUCGGAUGAAUUGGAGGACCACGAGCGGAUUCUUCACAAUGAUCUUCUCGCUAGCAUAGCCAUGCAGGAGGAGGGAUACCCAGUGGCCGACACAAGCCCUCCUCCUUCUCCUUGUCCCAAUCUGUUUGGGACUCCCACAGUAGCUGCACCCGCCGUCUCUUCUUCUUUUACCUCCCAUGACGAGUUCACCCGAUCACAGAUUGCUGACCAGCCCCGUCUGUCUUGGAACUGGAGGAACCAAGGCAAAGAUAGAACAAUUUAUACGCCCACUGUAGUCGGCAAAUGGUGGUAUCGCACCUCGUUCGAGCUAGAGCGUCUUCCUAAAGACAAAUGCCGCAGCUUUGGACAUAUCGGCCGAAUUAUGGAAACUGAGCUUGGGAAGCAGCGAUUCGGUGACGCGCGCUGUGGGAGUGUUGGGUCUAUUCAAAGGAGGGCGCAGCACAAGUUUGCCGCCCAGGCGAAGCUUGCACCCGGCGCCGACUCAUCCCUCAAGUUGGUGGGUGCAGCUUGUCGACGCGACUCCCGAGUACAAGAGGCAACUCGUCUUCGCCGCAAUCAGGAGGGCCAGUUCGGUCAGCCCACUCUUUCCGGUGGUUGCUUCCGAUGCCUUAUCCGCCCCGUUCACAGGGGCUGGACUCGCAGGGGAAUCGGGUGUAAUCGUUUAUAG